ACUGAGACUUCCGGGUCUUUUUCAACUUGUCUCUCCUCAACUUUAUACUUUGGCGAACUGCUGAGGUUUCAUAUAUCUAUUGCAUUUGGCCUUUCCUAAAGUUGCAUACCCUCUACUUUUUUACAACUCCAGUACCAGCAAUGGCAGGUGUCCUUUGGUACCGGGGUGAAGAGUGGCGAGAAGUCUGGGACUACUGGUUCAAGUGGACCGACGAGCACCUCACAUCCGACGACCUCCGCCCAAUGAUAUAUACUUACGAUGAGCUGGGCGCCGAAGCAUUGGACCGACUGGAUGAAAUAUCGCCUCCCGUGAAACCCUCGACCACUCCCAGUGAGAAGGUAGACACUCCUCAGGAUGCGAAGCCACAUCGAGACCUCUAUGCUCUCUUGAGAGACAACGCAGACACAGACGAGGUUUUGGGAAAACUAUGGACUGAAAUCAACACCAUCCCACCAUGGGUCGACUGGGCUCAAAUCGAACGCGGACAACAAGUUUUUCUGCGAUACGCAGGCCCGGCCAUCUUCGCCGUGAGUCCAGCCAAACUCCUCACGUUCCAAUCCCUCGUAGGCGGCAUGGGUGGCCGCCGCGUUGUAGAAACCCUCUCCCGAACAGGCGGCUUUGGCGUCAACGUCACCCGCCGCCGCCUCCUCGAGACCUUCCAGCACAUCCUCCAAGUCACCCGCGACCUCCCCUCCGUCCAACCAGGCGGUGAAGGUCACGCCUCCUCCGUCCGAGUCCGUCUCCUCCACGCCGCCGUCCGCCGCCGCAUCCUCCUCCUCGCCAGCCAACGACCCUCCUACUACGACGUGGCAGCCUACGGCGUCCCCGUAAACGAUCUGGACUCCAUCGGCACGAUAUCAACCUUCUCCUCCACCCUCCUCUGGAUCGGCCUGCCCCGCCAGGGGAUCUAUCUCAAGAACAGCGAAAAGAAUGACUACCUCGCCUUAUGGCGCUACGUAGCCUACAUAAUGGGCACGCCCACAGACGCCUUCUCCACGCUCAAGAGGGCCAAGGCGACGAUGGAGUCCCUCCUCGCCUCCGAGAUCCAACCCUCCGAUACCUCGCGCGCCCUCGCCAACAACGUCCUCACGGGGCUCGCCGAGCAGCCGCCCUCACACGUCUCGCGCGAGUUCCUCGCCGCGGAGACGUACUGGCUCAACGGCGCCAAGCUCGCGCGUGCGUUGGCGGUGGAGAGGCCGCCUUUUUAUUACUCGCUGCUCAUACUGGGCCAGUGUCUCUUCUUCAUGUUCAUGUGCUACUCUCGCCGUCUAUUCCCUAGUUGGGAUGAGUCUAGGAAUAAGAACCUCAAAAAAGCCCUAUUCAAUAUAACGAUUAACAAACCCGAGCUCGGCGCCCUAGGCAAAGAAACAAAUUUCGAAUUCAAGUACAUUCCAACCUUAGACGUCCUGUCCACCGAGGCAACGGCCCGGACCCAACAGCACCCGGACCCGUCGACUCACGAGCCAGGCUCCACCCCCGCAGAUGCAAAGACGGGAGCACGAGCAGGAGCAAGCCCACGCCGCGUGCGCAGCAACGAACGCCGGAGCCUCAUCACAUUAGGCGUGGUUGCCACGGUGGGCGGUCUGCUCGCCUGGCUUGGGAUCCGCGGGGCGUCGGCCCUGUUUGGGAGGGUUCUUUGAGCAUUUGGUGCCUGGUGAACAUUGAAUAUUGUUAGUUAGUCCCGCGCAGGAACCAGGUGCCCAUCAUACGUCAGAAACAAUCGUGGAUGAGACGCAACCCCCGACAAGCUGAUCCCCGAUCGGCUGUGAGGGGCCGGAUUUCUCCUGACUUGGGUUCGGAAGUCGUAAUGUAGGUAGAUCACUGUAUCUGAAGAUCAAACCGUUUGGUCCGGCGCAUCAUUCGUUGGGUUGCGUACCUAGUCCACGAAUACUGCUCCACAGCAUGAGCGUCUCUGCCACAGGUUUCGGGUCGCAGAAGUAAUUGUAGAGAGCUGAGCGACAUAUCA